GAUAUCUCUUUUUUCUCCCCCCAAGUCUUUGUUUAUUGUCACAGAGGGACCGCCAGAGAGAGAGAGAGAGAGAGAGGGGGGGGGGACUAAUUGAGUAUUUAUCCGUGAUUCUUGUGAGAAAUGAGCGGUGGAAUGGAGGCGGAGAAGAAGAGGAAGAGGGGGGAGGAAGGCGGUGAGGGUGCCAGGAGGAAGACGGAGAGGGAAUCAAAGCCGGAGCCCGAGGCGACAACGCCGACCGAGGAGGAGGUCGACGAGUUCUUCGCUAUUCUGCGCCGGAUGCACGAGGCCGUCACCUACUUCAAGAACGGAAAAUCCGGCGGCGCUAGCCUGCUCGGGAGCUUAGAGGCUGAAGUUUUAUCCGAUGUUAACGAAGUUAAGGCCGCCGAGGAAGCGGAGAUGGGCGUUUUCGACCUUAACGUCGCGCCGGCGGCCGAGGAUGAGAUUGCUUGACUUUUUUACGCGUGUGUGCGCUGUCUAAUGUAAGCCGCAGAGUUAGAUGCCCACGUCAUUUCUUCCGUCAUCUCUUGUAGUUGAACGGGGAUAGAGUGGUAUAUGAGAUGUACCAAGUGACACAGGUUUCAGUGCAAAUAAGGGUAAAGAGAUGGUGCUUAGCUAACUCUGGAUUUUUAUUUCAUUAUGUACCCCUAUAACCAAGUGAUGUAUUGUAAAUAACAUAUAGGAUACUCAAUGUUGUAAAUGGUGUGUGUGGGUGUCGUACAAUUGUACCUGCUAUGAUGUGUUGUGUUUUAUGGAGUGUUGAAGAUCGUAUAUAUUUCUUAUA